AUGCGCAGCGCCUUCAAUGACACCCUUUGGGCCAUGCCGGCGGACGGGCACAUCCCGCUGCCCGACCCGCUGCCGCUGGCGCGGCGCACCUCCGCUGAGCUUGAGGCGCUGCUGGCGAAGAGGAGAGCCGAGGAGGCCGUGGACAUGCAGAACAUCCCGCGGCAGGACUGGCUGGAAUUUACCGCUACGCCAGAUACCAUUGCGCAGACUGACCUCGUAUCCUCGGAUUGGGUGCAGAAGGGCCCAGACUGCCGGACUCAUGACCUGGACCCUCUCGGGCAGGCAGCGUGGUACCACCCGUACUUCCGCUUCAAGCAGCCCGCCUAUGCAGUUCACGUGCAGCUCGCGGAGAUGCAGAGGGGCAAGCCACGACAGAAGAUCUGGGAUGUGAUCUUCGCAGGGGGCGAGGGCAGCGACAAGGAGGUUCUGCGCAACGCAGUUCCCAUUGGCGGGAACCUGCCUCUCUUCAAAGAGUUCUGCCAGCCCUUGGCCGAAGACGCUCGCUGGGAGUUGCGGGUGACCGAUGUCACCCCCAACAAAAAGGGCUUGCCGACGAAGAGCUUCGACGAGACGCUGCUGCUGAGGCCGAAGCCAAAUCUGCCGCGGACUUACCAUUUGAGAAAAAAAGGCCUUCCUGCGCCAAAGAAGUUCUCAGCGGACUUCUGGACGCGAAAAGAGCAGAAGCGGCAGGAAGUGGAAAAAGCUGAGAGGAUGAUGGAGGGCUUGGCGUGGCCGCCCCGAAAGCCGUUGACGCUCGGAGGCGACUUGGCCGAGAACGGCGCGAUCGACUUCUCCUCCUCAGUCAUCGACCCAGAGCCGCGUGCUCAGUGA